UGGAUCCAGUCUACAAUGAAGAUUGUGGAAAUGGAUUCUACUAUUCAAAAGAAAAAAGAAUUCCAUGUUAUUUGUCAUGCAUGCCCAAAGUUGAAUGGGACCUGAGUUGGAAGAGGAGCGUAAAGACAGAGUAGCCCUGAAAUCUGAAACAAUUAGCAAUACCUGCUCCAAGUAUCCUCCUACAGGGUACAAAUGCACAGACACAAGACACAGAGAGAGGCACAAAUGUCAAAUGAAGAAUCAGAUGCCACCACCAACCCAACCACCAAACAUAGCAGAGCAGAAACUCAGCUCAUCAAGUUGCAAGCUUCUUGCUUGCUAAGAGUCACAGCUCACGAUUAAGCUCCCUCCUAGCCAGAUCUCAAGUCGCAAUCUUCGAGCCAGAUCGACUAUAUUGAUGGCUUUUGUGUUGUUCAAGGACAGCAUGAAGCAGAGGCUGCAGGGCUUGUCGGGCCUCUCCUGCUCGUCCCCGGCCUCCACCUCCGUUGUCGUCGCCUCCGGCCGCACCAUCGACCGCCACUCCCCGCACGUCGGGGACCCUCGCAGGCGUCUCGCGUCAUCCGUGCCAAGGCCACCCACCAAGCCCAACUCUUCCAGUACCACUAGCGAUUCUUCAUCCUCCUCCAUGAAGCAGCAGCAUCGGCAGCUGUACCACGAUCACGGCGGCAACAAGAAGAAGAAGAACACUACAGCAGCUGCUAGGUCAUCGACGUCAGAGAAGAAGAAGACGAUGCAGCAGGAGAGCCCCGCAAGAUCCUCCAGGUUCCUGCUCAACUCCUCCAGGCUGCAGGAGCCCGACGACGACAUCACCAUCCUCGACUCCAUGCCCACGUUCGUCGACAGUACAUUCCGUGGCCGCGGCGAUGCCGCGCUGCUUGUUCCCGGGACCCAGGAGGCACUGCCGGGGCGAUUAGCGGAGUCCUCCGCAGGUGCAGGGUCUUCCUUCUCGUCGUCCUCCUUCUGGUCGUCGUCGGAGACAGGAGGCGGUGUCGCCGGUGCCGGUGCAGCAACUAGAGUUAGAGACGAUGACAUGAAGGUCAUCACGAGGUCUUGCUCAAUGAUAACACGGGAGCACCAGGUGGUGGUUUUGAGGGUGUCGCUGCACUGCAAGGGCUGCGCUGGCAAGGUGAAGAAGCACAUCUCCAAGAUGGAAGGCGUUACGUCUUUCGACAUCGACAUCGCGACGAAGAAGGUGACGGUGGCGGGGGACGUCACGCCGCUGGGCGUGCUCAACAGCAUCUCCAAGGUGAAGAGCGCGCAGUUCUGGCCGGACUCCGCCUCUCCGCCGCGCGCCUCCGCCUCCUUCUGACCAGCUUGAUUGGAGGCAACAGCACUCACAACUCUUUCUAUUAGUUUCUUGCUAUUAGAUUUGGAACAGGCGCUAGGGUUCUGCUCUGCGUUUGUGCAAUCCUGCUGCCUAUGUGCUCUUGGUGAUGUAUCCAGUAGUAUUAGUUCUGUA